CCUUUCUAUCUACUUCUAGUACUUCAUUUCUUGUGUCCAUUUACCAUCCACUUGGCUCUUUCCCUUUCUUCACUCCAAUUUUUUCUUUUCCUUUCCUUCCCUUUCCUAGAAAAAAAUCCAACUUCUCCAAUCUCCAUUUCCUUAAAUAGCCCAAAAACAAGCACAAAAAUAUAUUCAAUGGAUAAAAUGCUUAGUGUACAUUCAAAAAAAGCAAACAAACACCCCAAAAACACCAAAAAAAAGCCAGUUAAAGUUGUUUAUAUUUCAAAUCCAAUGAAAGUUAACACAAGUGCUGAAGAAUUCAGAGCUUUAGUCCAACAACUCACUGGCCAACAUGCUAACUACCCGGUAACCGAUACUAAUAUCCGUACUGCUGACAGUGAGAAAAAGGAAUUUUAUUAUUCAGAGUCGCCACCAGGAUAUGAUCAUCAACAAGUUGUUGAGGUAGAUAGUACUACUCAUCAUCAAGUAGUACCUAAUUAUAUGAAUAGUACUAAUGAAACAACGAUGACCGAUAAUUCGGAUCUAUCGUUUGAAGAUUAUGUUAGAGAAGAUUAUGUUCCAGAAUUGUUGGAGAAUUUGCCUACAAAUCAUGUGUGGUAUGACUAAAUGAACUUAUUAAUUUUUACUUUUGUUUAAAUCUAGUUAAUUAACUUCAAAAAGAAGAACAAAAAUGGGCCUUGAAGGCAAUGUAAAUUAGAAAUUAGCUAUUGUUAUAACUAGUACUUGGGCUUUAUGCCUUUGUAUUAAAUUGUGAUGUAAUUUUUGUCAUAUAUAUGCUACUACUAGGUGAUAUUAUUUAGUAGUAGUAAUAUGAAUUGCCUAGCUAGCCAUGUCCAACUUGCUUUGAUAUUUUUGUAUUUAGUGGCUAGUAUUGCAACUUGGAGAUAAAAAAUAAAAUUGAUUUUGGUACUA